GCAGCUGUUAGGUCAGGGCUAAUCUUCCUCAAAAGAAAAAAGUCACAAGCGCAAAAAAUAUCUGGUAGGCUCAGUGCCGCAGGGAGAGAGACGUCUCACCUGGGAAACUGCUGUCCCCAGAAAGAAGGGUUCCUGCCCAUCGGCCUUGAGGGAUGGGCAGCAGCUUCUCAGACCUGGGCAAACCUGAAAAGGGCAUUCUAGGGGGAGGGCACAGCCUGGGCAAAGACCUGGCGAUCGGUAAGUGGCCGGUCUGUCUCGGGGGCUGGUGUAUCAAGUACCUGGAAAGGGGCAGAAGGUGGGCUGGGCAUUUGCUGGUAGAGAAAGCCUUCCUAAAGAGGAGAGAUGGGUGGGUGGGCACCUGGGGAGCUUGAGGUGGCCUGUUGUACAAACGGGGAAACUGAGGCUCAGAGCACAUCAGGCAAUGAGUGUAUGGUGGAGCCAGAAUUUGAACCCUGGUCUGGCUGGGCCCACAUACCUCUCAGCACGUGGCCACAUUGGGCCCUCGCAGGAACAGGCCUGGGAAGGGGUCUAUGGAGGUGGGUUUGAAGGUUCCCCACCGGGCAUCAGUUUCCCCGUGGGUAGUAGAGGGACCUGUGGACAAACGGACCCCCAAGGCACUUUCUCCAACUGGAACAUUCUGGGUUUCCAGGAUUCAGAGCCACAGGUGGGUGACACACCUCACCCUCAGGCCCCAGGAACAGCCUGCAGAUCCCCAUGCUGCCCUGCACCAAUGUAGCCUGUGGCCCCAGUGGAGCGUCCAUACACGUGACCCCCCAGAUGCUCACACCCCAUCCUCAGACCCCCCCCAGCCUCCAGCCAACAUCUCUCCCCCGGGGCAUGCUGGCCACCCUGCCUCAGGCAGCCAGAGGGUAGGCGACACCCUGCAGGCUCCAGGGCCCUACCUGUGUCUGGGGGCCUGCAUGUAUUGGGGGACCAGCAUGGAUUUGGGCAGUCUGCAUGUGUUGAGGGUUCUGUAUGUGUUUGGGGGUCUGUGUGAGGAGUCUGCGUGUGUAGGGGAUCUGAGUGUGUUUGGGGAUAUGUGUGUUUGGAGGGCUAUGGAUUUGGGGGGUCUAGAUGCACAGUGGACCGUAUGUGUUUUGAGGACUUUGUAUGCAAGGGUCCACAUGUGUUUGGGGUGGUGCAUAUGUCUGGGAGGUCUGUGUGUGUUUUAGGCAUCUGCGGAUUUUGAGGGGCUCUUCCAGUGUUUGGGGGUCUCCCUGUGUGGAGAAUCUCCCUGCCCCCAUCUAUCCAUAUGAGGAGUGGGCCUUCUCUGUCCCUCUCCCUCUAGCACCCCUGCCUGAAUCUGCCUGGGGCCCUCACUCUGAGCGGGGAUGCCCCCGGGGUUGAGGAGGGGUGACCCCCAAGGCCUUCUGGGGGGGGUCAGGGCCCGUGACCAGGAAGUUUGCCUGCACAGGGGAAGGAGGGAUGGAGUAUCUACAGAGCACCUCCUGCGAAGCGCCCCCAACUUGGGGAGGCGCCCCUGACUCCCCAUCUUCUGGGGAGAGAAUUGACUAGUUUGGCCACACAGGAGUCACUGCCAGAGCCCACUGUCUCCCCAGGGCAGAUGCUGGGCUCCAGGGGCCACUGUGGGCUGAGCCAGCCCCCAGGUCACCCACAGUGCCCCUCCACCUGGGGCACCAUCCCCCCAGGCCUCCAGGGAAGGAGGCGGGCCCAGGGCCAGGCUGAGGGGGAGGGUCACCAGCAGCUGGGGUCAGAGCUGCUGGAACCCUCAAGAGAGGGGAGGGGGGGUCCCGGCUUUCCAAGGGGCUCUUCCUGUUGCCCGUAAUGAGGUACUUGGGGAGCAGGUGAUGAAACCACCGCCUGGGUUGCGUGAGGCGGGGCCACUGGCCUGAUUUGCUGCAGCCGCCCAGGAGCAGCGCCCCCUCCCCGCUUCGCCGCAUCCCACGGGCCCUCACCUCCCCCUGCCACCCACCUGCCUCUCACUUCUCCUUUCCUCCCCUCCUCUCCUGGCCUGGGUCGCCCGCCAGGCUGUGGCAUCUGGGCUCAGGGGUCUGCCACCCGUGCCCCCAUCUCAGCCCUGCUGGGAGGCGAGAAGGGGAACCUGACUCCUUCCUGAUCUUUUCUCUCAAACCAUCACUGCAAAACCUUUGAAGUCAGGAUUCCGUGACCCGUUGAAUAGGGGAGGAAGUGGGGGCUAGAUGUGGUCCAGCGUGUCGCCAUGAACGUCGCUGUGGUCUUGCAAGAUGGCAUGCUGACUCAGCGUGCCCAGUUCCAAGGCCUGGCCCUCUUUCUUCUGGCUUCUGGGAGGCCAAAAGGUCGACAGACCCCUCCAGCCCCACUCUCCUCCCCAGGUGGUGGAAGAAGGAUUCUCACUCCUAUUUGCUGGCAGGAAAUUGAGUUCUCCCAUGGGAAAGGCCAGCAGUAAAGGGUCAGUGGGAAGGUGGGCUUCCUUCCAGCCCCCCAUCUCCAUUGCCAGGGGACUAAGAGGCCUCUCUAGGCCAGGGAAGUGACAGUCUAUGGCCUGAAGAACCGGAGGCGUGUUUGUUGAUUGACUUAGUGACCACAAGUACCACCAUAGAGAGUUAUGAUGCUCCAGGCACUUGUGAAAUCUUCCUUCAUUCCCUGGCACUGGGCUCAGGCCUGGGACCCCAGGCUCCUCCCCAAUCCCAGGUGUGUGCCACCAGCUUAUCCUGUACUUUUAGUAACUGGACAAUCUGUCCACUUCUGCUCACCUGCAGCCCCCAUCCCGGUUCAGGCCCCAAGUCUCCCAGCUGGCCACCUGCCCUAGCCUCUCCCUGUCACUGCACUCCUACCAGGACAGACGCUGCUCCCCUCAGCAGCCAUGAGCAGUGGGAGCUUUGUGAAACAAAAUCUUUUGGUUGCGAUGAAUCCCGUAGAGAAAAAUGCACCAAUCACUGGAGUAGGGCUCACCAGUGUGCACAAACCAGACGCACCUGUGUACCCAGACCCUGGGCCAGGGAGCAGGACACCAAGCCCCCAGGACUCCCACUGCCCUGUUCUGGCGCUGGCCCAGGGUGGCCACUGGCUGACAUCCAUCACCGUAGAACAAGGUUGCUCCACCUAGCCUGAGACAAUGGGGAGGAAAAAAAUCCAGAUUUCACGCAUUCUGGACCAAAGGAAUCGGCAGGUGACAUUUACCAAGCGGAAGUUCGGGCUGAUGAAGAAAGCCUAUGAGCUGAGCGUGCUCUGCGACUGUGAGAUUGCCCUCAUCAUCUUCAACAGCGCCAACCGCCUCUUCCAGUACGCCAGCACAGACAUGGACCGCGUGCUCCUCAAGUACACGGAGUACAGUGAGCCCCACGAGAGCCGCACCAACACCGACAUCCUCGAGACACUGAAGCGGAGGGGUGUGGGCCUCGAUGGACCAGAGCUGGACCCAGAUGAGGGGCCUGAGGGGCCAGGAGAGAAACUGCGGAGGCUGGCAGGUGAUGGGGGUGACCCAGCCUUGCCCCGACCCCGACUCUAUCCAGCAGCCCCAACUAUGCCCAGCCCGGACAUGGUCUAUGGGGCCCUGCCCCCACCAGGCUGUGAACCCAGUGGGCUCGGAGAGGCCCUGUCCGCUCAGAGCCGCCCAUCCCCCUUCAGGCCAGCAGCCCCCAAAGUGGGGCCCCCAGGCCUGGCACACCCCCUCUUCUCGCCGAGCCACCUCGCCAGCAAGACACCACCUCCCCUGUACCUGGCAGCGGACGGGCGGAGGCCAGACCUGCCUGGUGGCUUGGCCGGGGCCCGGGGGGGACUGAGUACCUCGAGAGGCCUCUAUGGGAGCCUGCAGAGUCCAGGCUCCGCGGCAGCCCCAGGCCCUCCGCUCGGAAGCUUCCCCUUCCUCCCUGCAGGCCCCCCAGAAUAUGGCCUGGGAGACCCUCCUCCACCCCCCGGCUUGCUGCAGCCCCCCACUCUGGCCCCCUGGCAGCCCUCGAGGGGUGAUGGGCCCCCAGCCGGCCCCGCUCAGCCCAGCGGGGGCCGCAGCCUGGGCGAGGAGGGCCCACCCACCCGCGGCGCCUCCCCACCAACGCCCCCAGUCAGCAUCAAAUCGGAGCGCCUCUCGCCCGCCCCCGGGGGCCCCGGCGACUUUCCCAAGGCCUUCCCCUACCCCUUGCUCCUGGCCCGGCCGCUGGCAGAGCCCCUACGGCCCGGGCCCCCCCUGCGCCGGCUGUCCACUGCUGACAGCUGGCCCCGGUAGUGGACCCAGGGUUGCACCGGCCCUGCCCCCCCAUUCCAGGUGGAACGAGGGCACGUGGGGUCCCAACCUCCCUCCCCGCAUCCUGAGAGAAGACCCAGCACUUACGAGCCCCUCCGGGGUGGGGCCCGGGAGGGGGAAGGCUGGGUUGGGAUCCACGGUAGGGGGCUCCUUUCUCUCUUCCUGGGCGUGUAUCCACCAAUAAAACACGCGUGGCGUCC